CCCGUGUCAGUUCGACCUAUUCUACUCUUCCAGUUUUUUAUCUAUCCAUCCAUUCGCCUCCUAGUGCUAUAAUGUACUUCACUACCUUCGUCGCUUUUGCCGCUGCUGCCCUUAUUGCCAACACCGUGGCUGCCCAGUCCAGUAUCUUCAACGUUAACCAUACUGUGCACCUCGGUAGCCCAGACGGCACCCGCCUGAGGUAUACCCCACUUUUUGUGCACGCCGAAGUCGGUGACAGCAUCGAUUUCACGUUCCUUGCGAAGAAUCACUCGGCGACGCAGUCCCAAUCGUUCUAUGCUCCCUGCACGAACAAAGUGAAUGGCACCGACUCUGGCUUCAUGCCCAAUGCAGUCAACCAGACCACGAACUUGCCGGUUUUCCACUAUAUCGUUAACAGCACGGACACCGUGUACUUCCACUGCCGCCAGGACGAGGGCACCGACUCCGCUCAUUGCGGCCAAGGCAUGGUCUUCGUGCUCAACCCCAGCUUCGAUGGAGAGGCCACACUCUUCCAGCUCAAAGCUCAGGAAUUCGGUGCAAACGUGCUCGGUGUUCCUCAGACGUAA